CCCAUAUUGCCUUGCAUGUAACAGUCAUAUUGUAAGUUGCAUUGACAUGUUUGUGUUUCAAUUGCAGAAAGUGAAAUCAUUCCUCCUGAUUGUUUACGCCCAAGAUCCUUCACGGCCAUCCCUAGACCAUCCUUGCGAAGAGAAACAGAAGAAACUCGCUUGUCUGUCAGUCUGUGUGAUCUAAACUUACAGGAGGAGAAUUUCCAAACCAUGACCACUAUGUGUCCCAUCCCACAGAACUCCCUAAAUUCCCAGCAUUCUCACUUACUCCCAUCACAGCUGGAAAGUGACCUCCGUUUUCAUCACCUCAAAGGAGCCCAUAUCAAGACUUUAGAUGACCAAACAGUUGCCAGACUGGAACAUGCUAGAGAAGAGAGGACUUUAGUGUUCACUAACAGACCGCUUAGAAUUAAUGAAACAAUCUUCGUCAAAAUCAACAAAUCAAAUUCUUCUCGGUCAGGAACUUUGUCUUAUGGAGUGACAACUUGUGACCCCAGCACACUUAGACCAAGUGACCUUCCGUAUAACCCAGAAUCACUGGUUGACAGGAAAGAGUUCUGGGCAGUUUGUAGGGUUCUGGUGCCUCUCCAGAGUGGAGACAUAUUGGGAUUUAUGAUAAAUGCUGAAGGGGAACUACAUUUGAGUCAUAAUGGUACCAGCACAGGAAUGCAAGUAUGUGUAGACUGUUCACACCCUCUCUGGAUGUUUUUUGGUCUCCAUGGAGCCAUCAUGCAAGUCCGCAUUUUAGGUAUGUAUAUAGGUUACAAAAUUACUUUAUGGAAGAAUUCUAAGGGUACAUUAUAAACAUAUUUAAUGAAUGUUGACUGGAGAGAUGUGUACUAUCCAGAGUUUCACAUAUUCUAGGACUUAUGGCUCCAAGAAACACAGAGCUUUCUUGACUACCUCUUCACUAGCUCAUAGAACAAGUAACUCAAUAAAUCUCUCAUUGAUUCCUGAGUUGUAAUAUUCAUUUUGACAACUUUUAUUCAUUUUUACAUCUCUGCUCACAGUAACAGAGGUAUUCACUUACUUAGUAUGUUUUGAUAAGUUGACACACAGAUCACAAACUUUUUAAGUCAAUGACAAAGUAGUAAAAACACGUAGGACUUUAGAGGUCACCAUCUAGACACCCAGCUCCUCUAUUUAAUGCUUUCGUAAUUUUGGAGUCUUUGUAUGGAGAUUUGAUACAAAAGUUUGUCCUAAUCGGAGGACAAGGGGAACUAUUCCCACUAUGAGGGAUAAUUAAGUUUUCUUUCCCCACUUAUUCCCCCAAGUGGUGCAUUAUCUCAUUGGACUUCAUGGUCCUUUGGUCUAGAUAUCAUUAAAUUUGGUUGUGCAUUUAUCUCCAUUUUCUUUGUAAGUCAACUUUACUUUUUAUUAUUACAUUUUUAGAACCUUUUAUGCUAGGGGAUUUUUACCCCUCAUUUUAUUUUUAUUAUACACUAAAGUUUGAUGUUUGUGGCUGGUAUUUGGUGGAAUAAACAUGUUAUUGCAUUUCUUUUAUUAUUUAGGUUUCAUUAUACUAUUGUAUUGUGUUUAUACGUGUUUUUGGUUUAGUUUUUUUUACUUCUCCACUGUAUUGUGGUCAUUAAUAUGUUUUUCAUUCACUUUUCUGCUAAAUUUAUUUUUUAGUACAGUUUUAUUCUGUCUGUAAGUGGGGAAAAUUCUAAUUUGGUCAUGAUUCUUGCUUAGUUUUUAUUUAUACAUUUUUCUAAUCGGUUGCCCAUAACUCACUAGUUAGCAAACCCCUAAAGUGCUGCACUCUAUGUGUUCAAAAAACACACUGUAGCCACUGUGGUAACAGUAACACAAUAAUCUGCUAACUCCAGAAACCUCAUAGCAUUACAUUAAUAAUGUAGUUUCUGGCUUAUAUUUUAUUUAGCGGAUUUGUCAAAGGGCAUUAAUUAUACAGUAAGACUAAAAAGAUUACACUGUGCAAGAUAAAAGGAAUAACACAGCUUAGCUCAAUAGAAAGUUGGGAUCGUGUGUGCCAGCUGCUUGCAUUAUCUAAGUAUAUUUCAUGGAAUUAUCUGCCAGAUAAGGUACUUCUUCUAAAGGAUAACAAUGUAUUUCAACCCUCUGCGUUUCUCAACCAUGUGCUCAUUGGAAGAUCACUGGGAUAUUCCUAAAUUCUGCACUGUUGGGGCUCCUUCAGGACUGCAUUUGAUACCACUACUUUAAUUGGACCAGGCGUCUUGCAUUAUUUAAAUUUGGACAUGACUGCUGACCUAUCGAAUCAAUCUCCUGUAGAUCCCACCCAAUCCCAAUAAACCAGUGACACGUCAAUAUUAUUGGGCACGAUAGCCUCAGCUAUAUGUUAAGCCAUCAAUAUUAAAAAUACUGGCAGUUGGUUAGAAACAACUAACAGGCAGUUUCUAUGCCAUUAUUCCCAAAAGUCCUCUUCAGUCUGCCCCAAUCAAAAGGAAGUUGUGACUCCCCAAGUCCGUUCGGGCAAUGCUUGUUAACUCCAGGCUGCCGGAAAUAAACCGCAGGGGGUAAUAAAGGAAUAAGAAGCCAAACAAAACACAAAUGUCAAGGAUAUGGAACAGUUACAAAUAAAUUCAGCUUGAAUCAGGGUAAACGGGUCUAAAUCAGUGCUAAGCUAAACCCUGGGCAUGAAUUCCAAGAAUCCCCCGAUCCAGUUUAUAUAGAAGGUAUCCAUCCUGUCACCAUAGCUACCAUCCACGGCAUUCCCUAACACUCAGUGGGAUACCUUUCUUACUAGACUUAGGCACAGGAAAAAAAAAACAUGGUUUGGCCAAAUUAAUUUGUUUGAAAAAACAAAUUAGCUCUGGUGGACCAAAAUGUUUUUUUGUCCAUUGAAACGAUUUGGAUGUAAAAAUUGGCCAAUCGGUGUCCUGCAAAAUAUAUACGUAAUAUAAGUAUUAUGUGUAUAUAUUUUACAGUAUACUGAUAGGUGAAUUGUCCUUACAUUUGCAGAUCAAAUGGUUAAGCCAACCAAUCAAAACGCCCUGAUUGAGCUUGCAUAGCGUGGGGAAACCCCUACAAGGGGGAGGGGAAGGUAUAAUCAACAUUGCUAGGGUGAUGCGCCCUCCAGAACUCAACAAGGCUCCCCUCUCUACCCUGUGAUUGCAAUGAACUUCUGUGAGAGCUCCUGUCCAUGGCGGGACACGGAACUGCAUUAAAGUCGCCACCAAGUAUAAGCAUCCCAUGCAGCAAAGCAUCAUAAAUGACUCAUAAAUGGCUCAUUGGGUGCUUAGAUAUUAACAAAGUGCAUUGUGGAGGACACAGGUACUUGGAAAUUACAGCAUAUCUCCCCUCAGGAUCCACGUCAGACCCAGUAAUACGGAAUGGACACCUAUUAUGCACAAGAAUGGCUUCUCCAUUCCAUUUGCGAAAUAAUCUAGCUUCAGUAGUAGUGUGAUAGGUAUGAUCCUGCAAAACAAACUUAGCUUGUACUGGAAGAUGUAUCUCCUGAAGAAAGGCUAUGUCUGAAUUCAAUCGAAACAUGAGAUGCCUUUUUUUGGGCGCAUUGAACCCCUUAACAGUGAGAGAAGUGAUCUUUAAGGACAUGACACUAGCCAAAGUAGGGGGCCUCUCUCAAUGUUAUUUUUUAUUUUCAAAGUUUUGGGGGCUGAAGAAAAAAAGAUCAAUAUUCUUAUGGUAAGUAUGAAUUUCUUUUUAACAGGUGAUAGUUUUAUAGCCCCUUUCAUUCUAAUUAGGGUGAUGGAAGUAGGUAGGUUUUCUUUAAUUGGGCUAGGGGUUGGUGAGAGGUUUGGGGUCCCAUAGAAGGGGUUUAAAUCCCACACCAGCUAGUCAUGGAUGCUAGCAAUAAUAGACCUGCCAACCAUGGUUGGGGGCUGGGGUGGACAGUAGGUCCCCUCUUUAUAUAAAUAUUAAAACUCACCAGUGUCCUUUGUCACCAAUGCAGUGAAAGGGUUGAUUUUUGUCAAUUAAAAGCCAUUUGAGAAAAAAAUAAAAUAUUGGAUUAAAUCAGAUUAGAUGGAAUAGUAGCUAACCUAACAUUUUGAGCAAACACGUUUUAUCUCAUUGCAGUAUUUACAAGUCAUGGCCACAUCGAGAAUAUUUGUACAGAAAUUGUUUAUUUUUUAAAAAUAAUCUUCGGUUACGAUUUCAAGCAUGAAUUAUUUACUGUGACACUCUUGUCAUGCCCAUUCUAACACAUAAGCUGUUUCUACCAGUAAUUGAUUAUGUGAAUACGGCUCGUGCUGUCAGUGCAGUCAUAUCUCAUGAAGUCUAUGUUCAUUCCACACUCUCUGCCCAUGGGAAACACUUUGAAUUCAUGAUUCACACAUACAUGACGGGUAGCAGACACAAUGUACAGACAAAUAGAGGCUCCUAUUACAUAUUGUUUUUUAUUAUGUCUGCAGCAAAUAUAAUCUGUUGUGACAAAAUGUUUUUUUUUUCUAUUCCUAAACAUGUUAUCAUGUGAUGUAGUACGGCAUUAAAUCACAUGUGACUUCAGAGUGUAUUCCUUUUGAACUAUUUUUGCAGUGGGAUGCUGUACUCCCUAAUCAUUUUUUUUGAACUAAAUAAAAAAAAUAAGGUACGGCCAAACAUAUUAAUAAUAAUAAUUUAAAAAAAUGGGUCCAAGUGGUCCAAAUUUUGUGUGUACGGUAUUUGUCCAUUUAAAUUAUUCGGCCGAUUUUGACGCACAAUUAGCAAAUCAGUCUCCUGCAAAAUAUAUACAUAAUAUAAAUAUUAUGUAUAUAUUUUUGCAGUACAAUGGUAGGUGCAUUUUCCUGCCAUUUAAUUCACAGAUCAAAUGAUUAAGCCAACCAAUCACAGCUCAGAGCUGACUAAGCUUGCAUAGCGUGGGGAAACCCCUAUAGAUGCCUUCCUGCCAUACAUGAACUGUACACCGUGUUUGUAUGGGAAUAAAGACUCUCCAUCCAUCUGACUACACCUGGUCUGUAUGAAUUAAUGUUCCCCACAAACUGUAUGUCAAUCACAAUUCUCACUUUAGGAAAAAGGCCCCAAUCAUUUUUGGAUGAUACAUUCCUAUACCUUUAACACACAUAAUUUCAUUUUUGCAUUCUAUUAUUAAAUUAUUCGAUUCUAUUAUUUAAUAGUAUUACUAGAACAUAAAUAUGCCAAGGAUGAUUUGAAAUAAGAUUAUUACGGACACCAACAAUCUGGCUGCUGGACUAAUUUUAAAUUAUAGUUAAAUUAUAAUUAAUAAACAUUUGGUUUUUUAUUGUCCUGUACAAAUCGUGUAUUUACAAACUCAAUAUCUAUUGUUGAGGACGAGGAUGUCAAUAUUUUGACAGUGGUAUUGUAUUAAUGCAUUGUGUUUUCUGUUUAUCUUAUACGAAAUACAUUUUGGCAGCUUGUAGAAUAGUUUUCUUCUACAGAUGGCGUUUCAUAAAGCAGUGUUAAAAAAAAGAAAAAGCAUGUUUAUUUUUGUGCAAUAGCAUGACUUGACGUAAUGUCGUUUGCUUUUAACACCUUUACAUUUGUGUGCUUUUUGUUAAAUGACUAUUCUAAGCACCAAAACAACUUUAACUUAAUGAAGCAAUUUUGGUGUACAGUCAACUGAGCUGUAAGACUGCCUGGGCAUGAUCUAUACACCACAGCCGCUUUAUUAAACUAAAGUUGCCCUGGUACCUAUAGUGCCCCUUUGAUUUUUACAUUUGGUUUAAAGGACCACUAUAGUGCCAGGAAAACAUACUCGUUUUCCUGGCACUAUAGUGCCCUGAGGGUGCCCCCACCCUCAGGGACACCCUCCCGCCCGGCUCUGGAAAGGGGAAAAGGGGUAAAACUUACCUUUUUCCAGUGCUGGGCGGAGAGCUCUCCUCCUCCGAUCCUCCUCUUCUCCUCCCCGUCGGCUGAAUGUGCACGCGCGGCAAGAGCUGCGCGCGCAUUCAGCCGGUCACAUAGGAAAGCAUUCAUAAUGCUUUCCUAUGGACGCUGGCGUACUCUCACUGUGAAAAUCACAGUGAGAAGCACGCAGGCGCCUCUAGUGGCUGUCAGUGAGACAGCCACUAGAGGAAAUAGGGGAAGGCUUAACCCAUUCAUAAACAUAGCAGUUUCUCUGAAACUGCUAUGUUUAUGAAAAAAUGGGUUAACCCUAGCUGGACCUGGCACCCAGACCACUUCAUUAAGCUGAAGUGGUCUGGGUGCCUAGAGUGGUCCUUUAACUGUGGACCUGACAAAAAAUAAUUACACAGCAAUGUUGUGUAUUUACUUAUGUCCAAAGACACCUAAAACAUUAACAUUUUGUAAAUAUGCACAAUUUAAAUUUUUCAUGUAUCCAUUAAGAUUUUACCCUCAUUAGUAUUAUGACAAGUUUUAGAGAUUAUACAUGCCUGUUUUUACUGUACUCAAGACAAGACUGGUUUGGAACCAUUAAUGCAGAAGUGAUUGUUUCAUCAUAUACAAUAGGUGUGACAAAUAUAUCAAUACAGGUGGCCAAUGCCUCCACAGUAUAUACAAUGGUAUAUGGGAGCCUAAUGACUCUAUUCAGUAAGUAAAGGUUCUAGGCAUUGGUGUAUUUUGGAUUUGUGCUGCCCAGAGAUGACUAAAUUCGGUCACCCCCCUAAUCUUAAUUCGCCCCACCACUUCGUGUCAAGGCCACUUUUUUGACUGACAGACGCACACCCUCAUUGACACAUGCACAGACAUGCACUCACUGACAGAUACACAGUCAUUGGGACACACAUUGUUUAAACAACUCACGUUUUCACUGAUACACAUACACUGACAUACACUCACAGGCAGACACACAUUGACACAAACAUCCUCACUGAUUUGACACAUAUUCACUCACUCACAGACACACACUGACAGCUACACACACUUACUGACAGACACACACAUACACACUCACUGACACACACACAUCCUGACAGACACACACUGACUGACACACACUCACUCACUGACAUCCACACACACUCACUCAAUGACAGACACAGACACACUCUCUGACAGGAUACACACACUCACUGACACACAGACACACACACACUAACAGACACACACACACUCACUGACAGCCACACACACUCACUCACUCAAUGACAAUGACACACAUACACACAUUGUAAUUUAAAUCCACGCAACCUCCCUACCUCUUGGGCUACCUUGCUGGGGAUGCUGGCUGGGCGGGCAAGUUCCUUGCAGGCUUUGGCUGCCUCGGCGGGGCCCUAAGGUGGCCAACUGACCAACUCUUGGAGCCCCUCAGGACAUUUGCCUGGGCAUUUGCCUGGGCGCUUGUUUGCCUCGCGGCAAAUACAGCCCUGGUUCUAGGCUAAAACCAAGACUCUUUAAUAUACAGAUCUAUACAGUUGAAGCUUACAAUACAAAGGAUCAGUUUUCUAAUACUAGCUUGUUUAUAGGACUGUGGUAUUAAUUAAUUCACAGUAGUGACUUUUGGAUCUAUUUGAAGAAUGGAUGGUUCUUGCAUGGUGAGUGUUUAUAUGCCUAAUUGAUUUUAUAAAUGUGGUGAUCACAACUGUGUUAACCUUUAGUUGGGUUCCCAGCUGUGUGAACAUGCUUCCUAUUUGGUAUAAACAUUUAUUUAUUUUUUGCCAGGUUCUACUAUCUCUUCGGAACUUCGGGAUCCAUCUACACCUAGUUCCCCAAAUUCCACUCCCAACAGUCCUUCAGCCUUGUGCAGUGGGAGUCUGGAUCCAAUACUGAAUGCUUGUGUGCACGGAACACAGGCCAAUUCUGUUAAUGGUGAGCAAAAUACCUCCCUGCAUGAACAUACCAUUUUAUACCACAUUCUGUUCUAACUGUGCUUCCACAUUUUAAAUAAAUAUGUUAAUAUUUGUAAAACCAGAAUUGCUUGUAGUUGGGAGGUUAAAAGUUAGUUUAUAGCUUUGAUGCUGGGGGUUUACACCCAUGAAUUAUAACUACAAGACAAUGGCUGGGUUGUUACAGGUGAAUUCUAACAGCAAGAUAAUGUGAUUGGCUGGGUUGUUACAGGUGAAUUCUAACUGCAAGAUAAUGUGAUUGGCUGGGUUGUUACAGGUGAAUUCUAACAGCAAGAUAAUGUGAUUGGCUGGGUUGUUACAGGUGAAUUCUAAUAGCAAGAUAAUGUGAUUGGCUGGGUUGUUACAGGUGAAUUCUAACAGCAAGAUAAUGUGAUUGGCUGGGUUGGUACAGGUGAAUUCUAACAGCAAGAUAACGUGAUUGGCUGGGUUGUUACAGGUGAAUUAUAAGAGCAAGAUAAUGUGAUUGGCUGGGUUGUUACAGGUGAAUUCUAACAGCAAGAUAAUGUGAUUGGCUGGGUUGUUACAGGUGAAUUCUAACAGCAAGAUAAUGUGAUUGGCUGGGUUGUUACAGGUGAAUUCUAACUGCAAGAUAAUGUGAUUGGCUGGGUUGUUACAGGUGAAUUCUAACAGCAAGAUAAUGUGAUUGGCUGGGUUGUUACAGGUGAAUUCUAAAUGUGAUGGGCUGGGUUGUUACAGGUGAAUUCUAACAGCAAGAUGAUGUGAUUGGCUGGGUUGUUACAGGUGAAUUCUAACAGCAAGAUAAUGUGAUUGGCUGGGUUGUUGCAGGUGAAUUCUAACAGCAAGAUAAUGUGAUUGGCUGGGUUGUUACAGGUGAAUUCUGACAGCAAGAUAAUGUGAUUGGCUGGGUUGUUACAGGUGAAUUCUAACAGCAAGAUGAUGUGAUGGGCUGGGUUGUUACAGGUGAAUUCUAACAGCAAGAUAAUGUGAUUGGCUGGGUUGUUACAGGUGAAUUCUAACAGCAAGAUAAUGUAAUUGGCUGGGUUGUUACAGGUGAAUUCUUACAGCAAGGUAAUGUGAUUGGCUUGGGACAAAGUAAAUUGCUGAAUUAGGUUUUGGCAUUUUUUUCUUUAAUUUUGCUGGUACACUAAAAUGCUGCAUCAACUCUGAAUUUUAAGAUUUGCUGGCACUCUUAAUUCAGUUUAGAAAUUUGAAUUUGUAUAUUUUGUUUUUAUUUGGACAUUAUCGGUGCUAUUUUAUAAGCAAAUGCCAUUUAUUUAAAAGAGAAAUUGCACUUUUGGGUUGACCUCCAUUUGUAAAUAUUCAAAUGGUCAUUUCAAGAUAAGGCUUGUUAAUUUUCUUUGUGCAUCUUUUAGAUAACAAAACAGAAAAAUGACCCAGCCAGUAGAAUGUCUUACUAUUUGUAAUAUUUUAAACACCUCCUUUGGGCCUUAUAUCGACUGCACGUUAACCCCCUCAAAUAAUAGAAUAGCUUAACUAUAUCAUGUAGCUGUUACAGUUAAAGUGAGAAAUCAGUUAAUGUGCACAUUACCUAGUUAAUCUGCAGAUUAACCGAUUUUCUCAGUUAAAGUGCGAAUCAAGAGUUUUCCGCACUUUACCUAGGUAAUGUGCACAUUAACUGCUUCCGUCUAGUUAAAGUGCAAAAUGUUUGUUUCUUUCCCUCGGUAAAAGAGGAAUUGUUUAUUACAAAAAACAACGUCCUUGCAGAACCAUGUUUCACCCUUUCAGUGCAAAAUGUUUGUUUCUUUCCCUCGGUAAAAGAGGAAAUUAUUUAUUACAAAAACGUCCUCGCAGAACCUGUUUCACCCUUUCACUGCAGUCUCUGCAGAGUCGUUCACUUCUCGUCUGAAGGCAGAAAGAUUCUGUGUGAACCUGUCUCGAUUCUUUUUGUGAGCAAGUUCCUUUCAAUGCCCUCCACCAUCAAACUCUCAAAGCAUAGACACAUGGCUUGUUGCUUCUCAGAGGGGGGGCUGGCUACUAACAGUGCUGCUCCGUACGUCUGAGAAAUACUUCUCUCAUUGAGGAGAAUGAGACCAAGGAGAGGUCUGCUCAUGGACCACUGAUUCCGACAGUCUUCAAAUAUAUGAUGAUAUUGAGAACAGUGGAGAGCAUCUGCUGGGAUCAUUUCAGGGUGUUGCUGCAUAAAGUGCAGGAAGCGCUCGCUCUCUUGUGGUGGCGGGAGCUCCUCGUUUCUUACCAGUUCGGGAUAACUGUUUGAAGAGGUAUGUGAGUAUGUGGUCCAGACAAGAACAGAACAGCAGCCUGUGCUCACCAUGGUGUCCUCCAGAGCUGUGAGCCCCUCAAAGAGGUGGAGUACAGAAUUAUUUUUUUGCACUUUAACGACUGUCUAGUAGGUAAUGUGCAGAUUACCUAGGUAAUGUGAGAAAUAUUUGAGAAACGAAAUCAUUUUCUGCACUUUAACUGAUCGCCCUAGUUAAUCUGCAGAUUAACUAGGUAAUGUGCACAUUAACUGAUUUCUGCACUUUAACUGUAACAUAGCCACCAAACAACUAAAGCAGUUUAGUUUGCUAAAGUGGUUAAUGUAUGAAUAGUGUGUCCUCUUUUUUUAAUUUUACUAAAAGUGCAAAUUUCAAUAGAAAUUGGCACAUUUAUAAAUUAACCUUGUUACACCCUCCUGGCGGUCAAUCAGACAAUUAUUUUUGUUACUUCCUGCAUAGUGUAAGAGUUUUCAAAGAUAAUCUUUGGAAAUCUAAACAUUUUAAGACACUUUGGGGAGAUGAUGGGUUGAAAGGAAUGAUAGGUAACAGUAGUUAUCACUGAUCAGUUGGCUAACGUAUUCUUACUUGCAGGUACCGCUCCAAACUCUCCAGUGAGCAUGCCUGAGUCGCCCAUCUCCCCUUCAGUCUCAGGAUCCUGGAAUGAUGAGUGUACAAUCUGUUAUGAAAACAUGGUGGAUACAGUCAUAUAUUCAUGUGGUCACAUGUGCUUGUGCUACACGUGUGGCUUGAAGCUGAAGAAGAUAAACAAUGCUUGUUGCCCCAUCUGCAGACGUGCUAUCAAAGACAUUAUUAAAACAUAUCGCAGUAGUUAAAAGACAACUCCAGAACAGGGGGAUAACAUCCAAAAGGAUAUUUUGCAAAUGGUACUCAACAAGUUUCUAAGAUUCUCUAGAUGAAACCAGAGACACCUCUCUUGAAAUAGUGUCAAUAUGUUUCAGUUCUGAAUGAGAAACAAGUCUGGACAACAAGAUGUCAGGGAAGCAUAAUCUUGUGAAAGCAUACUUUUUUUGCAUUUAAUGUAAGGAAAAUCAACAUGCAUUAUUUGCAGAAUACCUUAUCCCUCUUUUCUAUUUAAAUGAUAACUUAGCCCUCGGAGAACCCAGCAGAGCAUUGGUUGCUCAAGUUUAUAAGUGCAACGGAAUAAGUGCAACUCUUUCACACCCCUUCCCAUCACCACUACCACCUAGUACGAUUGCUGCAACAAUUGCUGUUCCUGCUAAGGGUAAUGGUAAAAUCUCAGUUCAAAAUAAAUAAACCAACACAGAAUAUCAUCAUUCUUAAACCACAUUUUUAAAUUAAUAUCCUUAAUUAUUGUAAAUACAUACACACACACACAAACACACAGUGUUUGGCACAUUGAUUCAUAUGUUGAGACAUGUGUAACUACUCUGAUACUUAUUUUUAGAGGAAAGGAGAAGAAAUUGCUAUGUACGAGUAAGGAGUAUUCACCAAACCACAAAGCGAUAAAGCGAUUACAGAGUUCAGGACAAAUAACUAAACUAGAAGAGUGCUCCUAUUUGGCUAUCCUUAAAAUUAAACGGCUUUUGUCAUUCCCCCAGAAUCCAAAUUAAUGAAUAAAACUGUGAUCAGUCCCAAAUCAUACAAUGUGAUGUACCCACUAGUGCAGGUAUUACCCACCUCUCUUUAUAUUACUGUGUAAGGGCUUCACUAUCAGUAUUAGGGGGUAGAAAAUAUUAUUUACACAAAACCUAAUGUAUAUCUUUUAAAUUCAGUAUAGGAUGCUCAAAAUAUCUAAGCAGGAAUUAUCUGAAAAAAAAUAACAGUAUUAGCAUUAGAGUGAAUGUCAAAUCAAAUUAGAAACAUAGACAACUUGAAAUUUUCCAAUUCAACUAUUAGAGCCUAAAAUGUUAAAUUCAAUUUGAGUAAAUUUUUUAUGUAAAAUACAAAUUCUUACCUUCUAAAGAAUUGGGUUUUUUUAAAGGCAGAGUAUAAAGUUAAAAGUUCAGCUUGGCAUCUUCAUCAAUCCUUGGGUGAAUGUUAGAAUGUUAAGGCGUUGCUGAAGGUUUGGGUCAGUUUAGCAGAUUAAAAACGCCUCUAUAACCCACAUGAUGUAUAUAUUAAAAUCAAUUGUAUAAUUAUUACAUAUUUCUGGUUUAUUCACUCAACAGUGAGUUUUACAGACUUGGCAUUAAUCUCAUUUUAGGCACAAACAGGGAUUUUGUUUUAUGAAAAGAAGUUUGCAAUACAAUUGUCAAUGUUUACUGUUUAGUGAAUAAGCCUCAUAGUUAUAAACUCACCAUCACUAUUGGUGAACAUGAAAGGGGUGUGAAAGGGGCGUACAUAACUUGCAAAUGACUAAUUAUCCAAAUUUUUCAAUCGCUUCUUACUGUAUUCCUAAAACCUGCUAGGCGGUAGAAAAUAUUGAAUCUGCACUCAAUACAAAAUGAAGGUAUCUCUCAAUAUAAAUCUUCAUUGAUCAAAAGUAUCUCUCAAUGUAAAACCUCCAUCCAGGGUUUAAAGAUCUUUGUACACAAUGAUCACCAAAACAAUAAUUUGAUUUAAAACCCAUGUUAAAUAUACUGGAACUGUGAAAUUUGUUUGUUACUGUUAACAGUUUGUUUGACCAUUGCCGGACCCGUUGUCCCUAUUUUUAUGUGUAUCUGCUAUGUGAAGACAGCAUUUUGUAAUGUAUUUUGUAUUAACCCUUUUUCGCAUUGGGGCAGCCAUUUGUGGUAUAAAAUAGGAAAUUAUUUUGUUGUAAGUAAACAAACAAACAAAAAAGCCCAUAUAAAAAAUGGGGUAGCCACUUCUACCCCUUUCGUAAUGCUGUUAAUUCUGACUGAUAAAGGGUCUUCAUGGAACAUGGAGAUGGGGGGAUCUUGUAUAAAGGGCAAUUCUGGGUGAAAGUUCUAAAUGUGGAUCACUCAAUGGAACAUUUUUGUUGGUUUCCAUGGUAAUUGCUCCUCUUUUCGAAUUUUGCCUCUAAACUGAUCCCAAUGUUUUCACUUUAAUGAGAAAAAAAAAAAAAAGGUAACUGUACAGCAUAGGAAAAAAGUCAGACGUUGAUUUGGGGUACCUCAGGAGCAGAUCACCCUCAAAAUACAGAUCACAACAUACAGGUUAUAACACCUGAUUUUUUAAUUUUAUUUAGGUAAGGGAAACGAAAACAAAAUGCAUUUUCCUAGCUUUUACCAGCCAAUCAGUAGACAAUCAUUGGUGAUCUCAUUACACUGCUAGUGUGAUGGGAGCUGUGUUAAUAAAGCCAUCUUAGUAAGUUUUUGAAGGGGCUGCCUAGUCUAGCUACUACACAGAGUUACAAUGUGUCUAGGCUGGAACCCCAGGAUACAGUUCCAUUCCAUCACUCUUAAAGGGGAUCUGUCACUUUCCAGGAUUUUCAAGAUUAUGUUUACAUAUCCCCUAUACUUACCAGGCGUGCAUCUGUAAGGUAUGAAAAAUACAAAUUACAGUAGAACUCCACUGCUGCAUUUACUUGUAUCCCGUCAGUCAUUGUUACACACACUACCAUUUCGUAUCAUUCAAAACAAAACCAUUUGCACCUUUCAAUCAGCAUAGAGACCUCCCAUCAACGUACAUCAAAUAUCUUGGUGAAGGCUGAGAUAACCAAUGGCUGGGAGGGAACAUUGUACGACUAGGAGAAAACAGGAGUGAAGUAGAUUGUGACGUCCUUUUACUAAAUGUUUCAAAGACAAUGGAACAUGAGAUAAACAAAGGACAGUGCAAGUGAUCUGUGGUUUAAUGCUUUUAUUCAAUUGUUUAAUUUCAUGGGAACCUUUCACAAAAUAAGAUGCGAUGGAUAUCUAUUUUAAGGGGCAAACGUAGAUAGUCUCGAUCUGCCUCAGAGUUCAGAGAAUUGUAUAUUAUUGUAGGUUUACUAUGAAAGGAAACAUUAAAGGGUGACAAAUCCUCUGGGAAAUAACUGUAGGGAGUUUGUAUUGUCCACCUAGUCGCCUCUUACUAAAUCUACCUGUUCCGUGGACAAGUGACACCUUGAAUCUUCUGUGGCCAUGUUUUGCUAAUGGUCAGCUGUGUAUUAGAUUAGAGAGUGUUAAAUGUGGAGUAUGAAUUUGUGUCGAACAGGAGUCCCAGAAACGUGUUGGUGUUAUAUAGUGGUAUUCAGUAUAAUAAUCCUCUUAUAAAGUGCUUUCUCUUUGAUUAUUUUGUGAUUAGUUCACUGUAGGACAUUCUUAAAUUUUGUGUAAUAAUAUAAUCCUGAUGGUAUAUUCUGAAAUUCUUCCAUAAUACGUGAAUUAAGAACUAGACAUUCCUGAAUGAAUGUCAUAGGAGUCAGCACAGCAAGAUGUGGCACUCUAAGCCAGCUGUAGUGGUUAUGGUGCCAGGAAUUCCCAUUGUAAGCUAUAAAACCAUAUUCAAAUGGCUUAACACUUAUCUGGCUCUUUCUCCCAACCAUAGUCCUUCUGGUCUGCCUUGCCAUACCAUAGUGGAUGUUCAACUUUGGACAUUAUUCAUUGGUUGAGCAUUGUCAGCUGAUGCUCCCAGCCAGUGCACAAUGUUCAAAGUGUGUCUGUGUUAUUAUGCAAAAGUGGAAAUCUUAAAAUACACUUUAGCAUUGCCAGGCAAAUUGGAAAGAUUGCAGCCAAUCCACACAGCCAAGUCAGUAACAAGAAGCUUGCAUUUGGUUAGCUCCAGGGGAUUCCUGGUACCAUAAUCACUAUAGCUCUCUGUAGUGAUUAUGGUGGUUGGAGCGCUGUAAUCACCUGAUAGAUCCAAUGUGAUCUUUGGUAUAUUCAAGGGAGCCCAAAUUUGUUAUGUUAAGUGCACUUGGAGGAGCUUGAAUUAGGCACCAGACACCUGCUGGUAUUCAAAAUAAGCCUCUUCCGUUUAUUUUUAGUAUGUGCUUACGUGUAAAUACUCAUAGGAAAGUAGUAGGAAGGGAGUGAAAUGGUGAAAGGAGUACAGAUAAGACAUAGGGAUGAACGUUGUGUACAUAAAACAGAUAAGUUCCGAGAAAGAGAAAGAACAGAAUGAUUUAGGAGAGACAGCUCAGGUGGGGGCUAUCUGCUCCCGGAACCAGACAUGUCUUACGUGCCGUUUUAAGCAUUAAGCAUUUCCUGAGUCCAAGUUAGCCAAUUUUAAUAUAGGAUAUCUAAUAUGACAUCCUAUCCUAGCUUGAACCUUGGAAUCAAAGUAAAAUCUUUCACACACCAUAACUACUACAUCGUAGUAUGCUAUGGGUGUAAUCCUGUUUUGUUUUGUUUUGUUUUUGUUUUUUAGAAAUGUGUUUAAAUGGUUUGACAAAAAACGUGGAAUUAACAAGCACUCAAAGCCCUACCUCUCUGCCUUUGAUAAAAUAUGACAUUCUAAUCAUGUGUUUAGCCGUACAAAUAUCCAGACCGCGCAUGCUUACACCAUGCCAUGCAGACCAAUUUAUGUCUGACUGGCAGCAGGAGCAAAUAGAGUGGUCACACCCCACUCGGUCACCAAAUACUUGCCUCCAAGUUAAUUAAAGUGUGAGGACCACCACUUGUUAACCCUGCUUCACAUACAGAGGAGGAGGCAUUCAACUGAUUUGUCAGGCAGGAAUGGGGGUAUCAGUGUCAUAGGAGAAGCUGCAUGUCUAAAUUGGUGCCAGUGUUUGUCACUGUAUACAUAUUUUUAUGUUUUGUGAAUCUGUAUUUCAAUGACUGCAUGUGGCCGGCAGAAUAUCCAGCGGUGCCCCGUGCCUUGAGCUCUGGAUGCGCCUAUUGGUCUGUGUAGCCGAAUUGCUGCAGCCUUUCUGUGUCUCUGGAGCUGUGUUAACUUAAAUUUGGGGGGAUUCGGUGACACCGAACGGGGAGCAGUGAUUCAGCAUGGCCAAAUCCUACUAAAGCCCAGGUCUUAGAGCCUGUCAUCUCAUGAUGUGAAAAUUGAAUGCUUAUCCAUACCAUAUACAUAUCUUUAAAAAUACUGGUAGAAAAAACUUCAUAAUAAAAUGGGAGACAUGAGAGGACAGCAUUGGGUAACCUCAAGGGUUUACAACAUUUUGAAAAAAACAAAAGUGGAGGGUCUACACACAAUGCAUUCAGGCAUAAUAACCCCUGCAAGAAACUUUAUUGGGGAGGGUGCUUAUGGUGUCCCUUUAAAUUAACACUCCAAGCACCAUAACCACUACAGCACAAUGUAGUAGUUAUAGUGCUUAGAAUGUCCCUAUAACCUUGUGUUAGAUAAAAGGGUAAUUUAUUGCAUUUUGCCUGAUAUUCAGCAUCAGAUUUACAAUGUGGGUUUAAAAAAAAAAAUUGUAAUUGAGUUAUUCAGCGAGAGAAAAGAAAAAAAAGUAAAAAAGCCACAAGCUGUAGUCAUCCAGAUCUAAAAGAAUGUACAAAUUGGAUUUUGGCAACCAUUAUAAAGCACAUCUGCAGAAAUGCAGGAUGACGCAAAGCGUAAUACCAGGAGCAUUUACUAUGAAGGAAGAUGUCAUUUUAUAUUUUUAAAUGAUAAUCAUUAGACUCUUUGUUAGCAUACCGGGCAUCAAGACAUGGUGUAAUAGAUCAUUACAGGCACAUUUUCAAAAUUCAAACUGCACCGUCCUGGAAUCACUAUCUAAGGUUUUAUUGCAUCUUAGAAAUUGUGCAAACACAGGAAAAAUAAAUUGUUUUGUGUUUUUUAUUUACUGUCUUUAUUACUAUCCCUGCCUCUCAUCACAUCUCUCAGUUGUUCAAGACAUUAUGGUGACCAUACGGCUGUAAGCUAAGUUCACCGAACACCCCAGCAGAUUCCCACUAACACGAAUGAGUGCAAGUUUAGAACCUACAGGUCCCAUUGAAGUCCAUUACCACUGACAUCUAUACUGAUUAUUUAAUCAUCUUUCAUUUGUUUCUUUGGUGGAAGCAUUGCCUCUUCACUCAUUUAUGAUUAUUAUUCAUGUGUGAUGUCAUACAUGUCGUUUAUGAUGUCAUGAGACUGUUGUGCUUUGAUUUUCCAAUAGUAAUUGAAAAAUAGGGAGGACAGUAGAUGGUUAUCUCCUUGUUGAAAAGGACAUCACUGGAGGAAACUCAGUCACCUACCCUCAUAUAGCAUUAUACAAUUCAAUUAACUAGAAAUCACCAACAUAUUAAACAGCGUUGUACAAUAGGUAAACAAGACAAACAUUUAAUUCUAAAGUUUACAAUUUAAAUACACAGAUAGAAUGUGGGGUUAGAUGCACUCACAAUUUUUGUAGAUGAUUAAAAGGCUCCCGAAACUAAAAUGAGAUUGGUUUUAUGCGAAUCCAUCUUUAAUCAUGCAUUCUAUAAACCAUGCGUAUUUGUUUUUUUAUCUAGAAAUAUUUUAGUGGCAUAAUAAGAAUCUAAUAAUCUCGAGAGCUGGGUUAAAUCGAUAUAUAUCCUCAAACAGUAUGAAGGAGCAGCAAAGAUAAUUUAAUGAUCAGGACACCUCCGGGGUGUGAGGACACUUGAUGUUCAAUAAAUGAGAUUAUGUAUUUUGUAUGUUGUGUAAAAUGCCUGGCCAAUUGUCUCCUCUGUAACAUUGCCACGCUUUUUAAAAUAUUCCAUAUUUAUUUAACUCCUUUAUUGCAUGUCAAAUCUAUCAUUUUUGUGAAUGGAAGAAAAGCAUUUUUAAAAAAUGGAUGUUUACAUUGUUUAGUUGAAUGCAGCACAGUGAUAAUACCCUUUUAUAUUUUUUACAACAUUUUAAAUAAAAAAAGGGAAUGCAUGACUAGUCCAAGGUGUUAAAUACCAGGCUUGCACAAAAACAAAUAUCUCAAGUAAAGAAAUUUAUUAUAUUCUCUAUUGUUUAACAAUACUUUAUAAUUUAUAUCCUGUUGUUUCGUGACUCGUAUAUUUCUUUUUUAUUAGGAAGCAGCUUUGAUUUCUGUCGAUAAAAAUAUUUAUUGAUAGUAUUUAAAGGGACACUCCAGUGACUGGAACUGCAGGUCCACUCUCCCUCCCACUCCCCAUCCCAUGUUGCUGAAGGGGUGAAAACCCCUUCAGUGACUUACCUGAGACAACCGCCGAUGUCCCUCGGCGGUGGUUUAGGGUCCGCCCACACCCGCAGCCGCCGGCGGGAUGAGACCUAAUGCAUGUGCGCGGCAAUGCCAUGCACGCGCAUUAGACCUCCCCAUAGGAAAGCAUUGAAAAUGCUUUCAAUGCUUUCCUAUGGGAAUUUUAGCGACGCUGGAGGUCCUCACAUAGCGUGAGGACGUCCAACGACGCUAUAGCACAGAAAACCUGUGCUAUAGACCAGGAAGUGCCCUCUAGUGGCUCUCUAAUAGACAGCCACUAGAAGAGGAGUUAACUCUGCAAUGUAAAUAUUGCAGUUUAUGAAAAUUGCAAUAUUCACAGUUGCAGGGUUAAGGGUAGUGGGAGUUAGCACCCAGACCACUCCAAUGGGCAGAAGUGAUCUGGGUGCCUGGAGUGUCCCUUUAAGUACACAAUGCCUUUUUACCUUUGGAGAGUGUUUCAGUUACAUUAAAUACUGGUUAUAGUGUUUGGAGUCCUCUGAUGCUGUCCUUCCAUUGAGUGUUAAACCGUUUUUAAUUUUCUUAUGUUUUAAUGCUAAACGAGAGUCACCAGCAGCCCAUCCCCUCAGUGCUGCUUGGGCUAAUGAGGAAGUAUUAGCCUGAACAGCAAUGGGUGGCUGUGAUUGGCUGAUAGUGGCAGCUGACUACUUUUAGCCUAUCAGAUCCCCCAAUUGCCAGUAUAAAUAAGUAUGGCUACAAGGAAGUCUGUAAUUUCUGCCUUAACCAUACCUUCUGUAGGGACAGGACUGUGGGUAUCCAGGAACCAUCAUUUAAUGUUAAACUGCCUCAAAAUGGUUUAAUACUCAAUGGAGGGACAGUGGCAGGGGACUACAGGCACCAUAACCAGCUGGCAGAGAUGAAAUGGUAACUGCAGUGUCCCUUUCAGAAACACUCCAAGCAGCAUAACCACUAUGUCUUGCUGGGUGCCCAUCCCAUUAGGUCCAUUAGGCUAAGCUUAUUAGAUGAGAGCUCUCAGCCAAUGAGCAUAGUCCUGGAUUGGAAAGGCUAAGCUCAGAGAAGACACCCAGCUUGUCCAGCAGGGGAAGAUAGAUGUGAUGUAGACACCUGUGAAACUGUUCUAAAAUGGAAUGACAGAUUACUCCACCAGAGCGGUAGUGUUGGCGUGUUCUUUUAAUUAAGAUGUUGUCCUGUGAAUUUUAUCUGUUUGCGUGAAACAACAGGAAUAUAGCUCAUGAACAUGAGUAGACUAACAGCCUUCAGUAAAUUUAUUAAGUACCUUGAGUGUGUGGUAUAGGCAUCCUUAUGUGCGUAGGUGGUGCUGUGAGGAUCUACCACUUAUUUAUCCUCACUUGCUUUCAGAAGUACACAAAAAGCUGUCAAUGCUACCCAUUGUCAUCAAGCCCUCAUUUAAUGUUCCCUGGGGGCUCGACCAGAGCUGUCCUUUCAUAUUUAUCAUGCACGGAUCAUGCACUGUCAUUAUUCCAAUCUAGUGCCUGACUUUUCUCCUACUGACUAUCACUCUCCUUCCAACCCAAGAUAUAUAUUUCUACAGUAUGGUGUAUUAACGUGUAUGUUAAAUGAACGUGUAACUGUAUGAAGAAUAAAACGUAACUGUGCCUGUUUUCAAUGUAACAUUCUCUAAAUAACCGGGGAAUCGGUCUGAGACUAAUCCGAUGACCAAUCGCAUCUUAAAUAACCCCUAUGGACCAUCGCUCCUAUUGUAGGUGAACUAAAGUGCCCAAAUUACUUUAUCCAUCCUUGGUUUCAUGCAGGGAUUGGUAUCAUCUUGUCUACUGUUCAAUUCAUGUCAUACCUUCUAUUAUUUAACUGGGCGGGGGCUUGCUGUUCGUACUAAAAUAACAAAUCAUGAGGUUUAACCCUUUAAGGACACAUGACAUGUGUGACCUUUUAUUCCAGAAGUUUGGUCCUUAAGGGGUUAAACAGCGAGUUGUGAUGAAAGUACAUCAGAAAUAAAAAUAAAAUUUCUACUCCGUACAACUUGCUGCCUAGUUAAUAAAUUCACAAAUUUGCCGUAUCAGGGAUGGUACUGUUCUGAUAAUAAUAGUGAAGAAAAUACAUUUGUGUCAUUAGGAAAAAUCAUUGUCAUAUUUUUUUUGUUUGUUUCUCAAUGCAUUGAUACAUCGAUCACUUCUUGUAAAUAUGUUCUCUUCUUUCUGUGGACCAAUUGUUAGCAGUUACUGAGUGCUCAAACCUCUUAUUGUGGUGUAAUAAAAAGUGCAGGUUAUAGCCAUAAAAAGAACUCCUUUGCCCCUUUCUAUAUCUUCUUUGGUAAAAUGUAUAUGAAAGUGGGGGUCUUCUUUGUUUUUGGUUUAUUUUACAUUUUCAAUUUAUUUCCAUCUAUUUAUUACUAUUUUGUGCUUUGUUUUACAACGAUAAUGAAUUCCUAGUACAAAUUUAGAUAAAAAAAAAUGUGA